UAGGGUUCCAGGGGCCCUAUUCCCCCCAGCGCAGUCCCCACUCCCGGCAGCCUGGCUUUAUGACUUCACGUGCUGAAGUCACUUGGAGACAAUGCUGAGCGUUCCACUCCUCAAGGCCGGGCCAGCCCAGCCAGACGACUCCCCACACUGUAACUGAGGACAAUGCCCGCUGGCCCAUGUUGGGAGGGGAUGUAGAGGGUAGCGGCGCCAGCCGCUCCUGGCACCAUGGACGAUGCCGCGGUCCUAAGGAAGAAGGGUUAUGUCGUUGGCAUCAAUCUUGGCAAAGGCUCCUAUGCAAAAGUCAAAUCUGCCUAUUCCGAGCGCCUCAAGUUCAAUGUGGCGGUCAAGAUCAUUGAUCGCAAGAAAACGCCUACGGACUUUGUGGAGAGAUUCCUGCCUCGGGAGAUGGACAUCCUGGCAACUGUCAACCACCGCUCCAUCAUCAAGACCUAUGAGAUCUUUGAGACCUCAGACGGGCGCAUCUACAUUGUCAUGGAGCUGGGCGUCCAGGGCGACCUCCUCGAGUUCAUCAAGUGCCGCGGGGCCCUGCACGAGGAUGUGGCACGCAGGAUGUUCCGCCAGCUCUCCUCGGCUGUCAAAUACUGCCAUGACCUAGAUGUCGUCCACCGAGACCUCAAGUGCGAGAACCUUCUCCUCGACAAGGAUUUCAACAUCAAGCUGUCCGACUUCGGAUUCUCCAAGCGCUGCCUACGGGAUGGCAGCGGGCGCAUCAUCCUCAGCAAGACCUUCUGUGGGUCGGCGGCGUACGCGGCCCCCGAGGUGCUGCAGGGCAUCCCCUACCAGCCCAAGGUCUAUGACAUCUGGAGCCUGGGCGUGAUCCUCUACAUCAUGGUCUGCGGCUCCAUGCCCUACGAUGACUCCGACAUCAAGAAGAUGCUGCGCAUUCAGAAGGAGCACCGUGUGGACUUUCCACGCUCCAAGAACCUGACGGGCGAGUGCAAGGACCUCAUCUACCGCAUCCUGCAGCCAGACGUCAACCGGCGGUUACACAUUGAUGAGAUCCUCAGCCACUCGUGGUUGCAGCCCCCCAAACCCAAAGCCAUGUCUUCUGCCUCCUUCAAGAGGGAGGGUGACAGCAAGUACCGGGCCGAGUGCAAACUGGACACACGGCCAGGCUCGCGGCCCGACCACAAGCUGGGGGCCAAAAUCCAGCACCGACUGCUGGUGGUGCCCGAGAACGAGGACAGGAUGGAGGAAAGGCUGGCCGAGACCUCCAGGACAAAAGACCAUCACGUCGCCGGAGCCGAGGUGGGGAAGGCAGGCACCUAGGGUGCUGAGGGCCGGGGGACGUGGUGCAUAGUGGUGUCCCCAUAAACUAAGUAAGCAGGUAGGAGCUGAAGAAGGCACAGGUGCAAGGAACAAGUAAAAUCCGUCAAUUAAACCACUAUUUUGAUUAC